AUGAAUUAUUUUCCACUGAUUAGUACUUUCUUUAUACAAAUAAUUUUUGCUUCGGCAGAAUUAAGUUCAGAAAGACCCAAGUGUGAAGAGAUUACUGUACCUAUGUGUAGAGGUAUUGGUUAUAAUAUGACCUCUAUGCCCAAUCAAUUUCAUCAUGAAAAACAAGAUGAAGCUGGAAUGGAAGCUCAUCUUCCGCUUGUGGAAAUUUCUUGUUCGGAUGAUCUGAAACUUUUACUUUGUUCCAUGUAUACUCCGAUUUGUAUGGAAGAUUAUCCGUGUAGACUACGUUCAGUCUGUGAAAGAGCACAUGCAGGUUGUGCCGUAAUUAUGUUAACAUAUGGCUUUCCAUGGCCUGAAUCGAUGGAUUGUAAUAAUUUUCCAGUUUAUCCAGGAGCUCCUGAACAACUUUGUAUGGAUCAGAAAAAUGGUGAAACACCUGGACCCGUAAAGCCACUUAAACCGUCAAAUCUAUCACCACUCUAGCCGUCAACAACAGCAUCUUAUUACCCGUUAUCAACUUUAGCAACUUCAACACUUAACUCUAUUCCCAAUAAUUCAGUCAAAAAUUCUGCUUCACCUGGAGCGCGAUAAUGCCCUUGUAACUGUAGGCCGCCAAUUAUUCCGAUUAAUAUUCAAAACGAUUAUUACAAAAACAUCAACAAUGGAGGAA